CCGGGCUUGGUGACUACGCUAGCCCGCCAGAUCGUCCCACACCUGCCACCAUCCCGUGGGUCAGCUGCCCCUGUGCCAGCCAGUAAUGCUGCCGCUGCUGCUGCUGCUACUGGUACCUGGAUUCCUGCGCAGCGCAGCCUCCUUGAAGUCACAUGUGCACCGGCGUGGACUCGUAGAACUGGCAGAAACCAUAAACUGUGUUGGCCCCCGUACUCCCCUGGCCUAUGUUAGCUAUGGCUGCUAUUGUGGCCUGGGUGGCCAGGGCCAACCCCUGGAUGCUAUUGACCGGUGCUGCCAUCGUCAUGACUGCUGCUACCAUCAUGCCAGGGAGGAGGCUGGCUGCAAGGCCAAGCUGGAACCUUACUCGUGGAAGUGCAACGAUCAGCACAUCGAAUGUGAACCAACAGAGGACAAAUGUCAAGAACUCUUAUGCAAGUGUGACCAGGAGAUUGCUUACUGCUUAGCCAAAACUGAGUACAAUUUCAAGUACCUCUUCUUUCCACGUUUCUUUUGUGGGCGGGACCCACUCAAGUGUGACUAACUUUCACUUGAAAUGUUCUUUUGCAUGAAAAUAAAACUCCUUUUCACUAAUCAAUAGCUAUAUUCAGUUCCUUGCAGCCGGGAACUGAGUUAAAAGUGUUGAAGCUGC